AUGAAUGCCACGUCACUACUCGACUUCGGAUCGCCCAAUUUCGAUUUUACAAAUUGCUCGUCGGCGGUCUCGAUCUGGCUAUACUUGCAGCCAGUCGUAGAUACCGACAUGAUCGCACCCAACGACGAUUACAAAAACCCGCACAAAAUCUAUGAGUAUAUCAUCGAAAGCCUUGAUGGAUAUCUGCAAGAUAACUCUAUUCAAAAACCCCCUAUGACGGACGAAUUUUGGGCGUGGACUCAGAGAAAUAGCAGGCUUGAUCAAACCGCUGCGGAAUACGCUUACGAAACAUGUGUCCAAACUCUGUGCCGGGCGGUCGGCUGGAAAGGCAAUCCUGACAUGGUUGGCAUCGGGAUGCUAGUCACGUACCUGAUGCAACAGGUACUCAUCUCGCUUUACCUGUACCCGAUUAUCAGGAUCCGUCUCGGAAUAAAGUCGAACAGGACAGAUAGAAAGUCUUUCAUCUCACGGAGUUUGCUUGCAAUGCGACUAUCGACUACGGCCUUUCUUUCUGCGUCCGCUGUAUUCUCGAUAGCUUUGCUGUUGGCAUCCAAUAUCACUAUGGCGCAACAAGAGUCGACAUCGGUUCUUGCAACGUUCGUCCUAAGUGCUGUGGUGCCUCUUAAUUCGGUUUUCCCUGUCAUUAUACUACAGCUGGCUACACCGGGCACGUUUCGGCGUCUGAAAGGAAGGCUUAUGCUAUGGGGAGUAAUCGACGUGCUUAUCCUGGUACUGGUGAUUCGCGGCAUCUUCGUGCUUGUGACGACUCCAGCCGAAGACAAUAUGCAAAUUGGCGGUGAUCCAAUAGGCCAAAAGGCUUGUGUAGACAUGGACUUCGCGCCCUGGGUUUAUCUUUGUUGGGCGACCGCCGCUCUGUUGGUAAUCGGUCUCACUGUAUUUGUAGUAGGCUUUCUUCUUUCAGUUUUGCGCGGCCAGCCGUCAGUGUUCGUACGGUUCCCAUCAUGGACAUCAUGGAUCAUACUUCUCGUCUCGUUCUUCGCCAUGUUGUUCUUCAACAUUUGGCUCGUCUAUCUAACCAUCCGGAUACGAGCACGUGCUGGAGCCCAUAACAAAGAUAGCGAAUGGACGUUUGGACAGAUCCUGACGCUCGCUACUUGGGUGCCCUUCCUAGCAGAAUUCGCAUACACGUGGCUGGAGGAGCCGGAGGACGCGUUGAAUGGAAGGUUACCGGCACCAUACGAAGUCGUGGUCGCAUCAACGGUAGAUGAUGCGUUUGGUACAGCACAACCGGGUAUCGAGCAAGCACGAGGUCAGUUCCAACGGCUUGCAGCAACAGAUUUGGCUUCGUUCGAGCCCAGUAAAGCUUCGACCUGGCCUCUCAAGACACAUUGA